AUGCAGGUCAGCUCUGUGACCUUCGCGCUCGCCGUUCUGUGAGUGUUAGCUCCAGCUCCCAAAGCGCACACAUUCUUACGCUCACCUGCUGUUUUCAUCCGUAGAGCCGGGCUAGCGGCUGCCUUCCCAGUCACCUUGCCCAACAAUGGUCCUGAAAUUAGCGUGAGUAGCUUCCAUCGUCAUUUGCGUGCAACGUCCAUCUCUUGAAUUUCGCCUGUCGUUGAUCGUGCCCCGUUUACUUUUUUUCCGCAGUCGCAGAAAAAUUCGCUUCAGGCUCGCGAUCCUCGUCCCCAGGGGCUUCCUGCAGCAAAGUACGAUCCCAUGUACAAAAACAAAGGAGGGGAAACCUUCAAGGUUAUGACGCCGGGACCUGAAAAGUACAAUCAAGAACCGUUCAAGAUGCCAAAAGAACAGAAGCACAAUGGAUCGGGACAUCCUAGCGAGACGAACCAUGACAAAGGGCACGGUUCGGGCUUUGUUCCGCAAAAAUUCGACAAUGAGCCCGAGAAGAAGAAUGGGGGUCAUACGCCCAAAAGCUUUGGUCCAGGCCGACAAAGUUUUGGCGAGCAGCCUCACAAGAAGCAGAGCGAGACGUUCAACUGGGGCAUGGGCAUUGGUCCUGAGCGCUUUGAUACGGAGCCUGGAAGAACAAAGACGAUGGGCUCUGGGUCGCCGUACAAUCCGAAAGGUGCCUGGAACGGCUUGCCCAACGGUCACACCGGGGGAAGAGGUGACAAACCGGUCGUCAGCGGGGCAAAAACGCCAUUGUUCGAGCAAAGUUUCAUUCCCAUGGGACGCACCGGAGGUGGAACCUACCAUUUGGAUCGUCGAUCUGAGCCCGGCGUGAACGUGAGUAACAAAAAAAUGCGAAGGCGAAUGGCGCACGCUGCCCAUACAAUGGUCUGACCCGCUCGUCAAGUCUUACACUUCAGGACGGAGCCGGCUCGCUUGAAGCUCGUGCUCACACACCUGGCAAGGAAUCCGAGGAGUCUGAUGCCGAAAAGAAGGUCAAGAAGCACAAGCACAAGCAUGAGCACCAUAGCCAGGUCCAAGGCUCUGGUGUGGGGCCAACCAACAGUGGUACCGGCUUUGUCAAUCCGUUCGCCAAUCAUCCCGCCACGGCAGAGGAGAAAGGGCGCGUCGAGAGAUCAGCGAUGCACGAGGCAAGCAGAUUCGGCGGAGUGGGUCUCGCGCCUGGAACGAUCCAUCUGGAUCGCCGCUCUAAGCAAGGCGUCAAGGUGAGCGAGCAAGAUGCGUGCUUGGGUCCCGCUCACAUUGCCUUACCUGCUUCUGCCUCUUCCCUCUGCAGCUCGACGCUGAGACGCUCGAAGCUCGCGACGGGGGUACCGCGACAGCCUCCCCUACUACCGCUGAAUCGGGCUUUGGCAAGAGAAGCCCUCAGCCACAGGAGGGAAUUUGGCAAGCAGAGAUGCUCCAAGCCCGCCAAACCACCUGGGAGCAAGCCGAGCAGAAUCUUCGCGAUACCCAAAAGCUUUUGAAGGAAAAUAAGGAAUAUCUUGAAAAGAUGCGCGCAGCCAAGUCCGGUCCUCGUCAUCGGAGGGAAAUCGAGGAGCGCGCUUCGACGAUCGAGGCGCGACAUGCCGCCUCGAGAGACUCUCAGGCUUCCCUGCGUCGCAGAGACGAUUGCGGUUUCCCGAACCAGUACUCGGAGGCAUGCCAACAGCAGCGGCAGGCAGAGAAACUCCAACGGGCAAAGGAGCAGCAUCGCCAACAGCAGAAGCUUGCGGGCAUCCCCAAAACAUCCAAAACGUCCCCAGGUCAUGCAAAGGAAGGACCGAUUGGAACAAGAGACAUAGUACAGCCUGUCCAACAGAUCGAUCGGCGCUGGAAGUCGUUCGAGGAGCUUCAGAAAGGUCACCGUUCUUUCAAGGAGAUCUACGAUCCAAAUCAGUCCAAGUCGGCAGUUCCAGCAGCUGCUGCCCCCGCAGGAGGCCCUCAACACAGACGAGACAUCCAGGAGCUCAGUCAUGGUAGCGCGGCCCAGAUCAUUGAGAGCAGAAAUCAGCAGCUCGAGGAUUUCGCCAAUCAGUGGCAAAAGACGGUGGACGCAUUGAAAAGCUACCACAUUGGUCGUAAAAGAGAUGUCGAAGUAAGCUCCGGCUGA